AUGUGCUUCGGAUUCUACGUCAAGCCCCAACCUCCACGCCGUGAAAAAUAUGGGGACAAGAAUGACAAAUACCUCCGAGACUAUGAACGUUAUGAGAAAGAGUAUGAGAAGUAUAUGAACAAGGACAAUAGGCGCAGGCAUAUGGCGAAUUCCAACACCGGCGCCAUUGCAGGAACCUCGGCUGCUGUCUCAGGUGGACCCUGA